AUGACGCCACCUUACGGGAUUCAGAUCUCCAGUGAGGAGGCCCUACCGGAGCACGCCUUGGCUGAGGAAACUUAUUUCCUUGACGGCAUUGUCUACGCGCAUUUGCUUUACUGCUGGAAAGAGCACCUCAAGUGGCAGCAGCACGAAGCCGAGCUCCGCCGCGAAGGGGAGGCCAAGGUGGCGGAGGCCUCAAAGAGGCUGCAGGAGUACAAGGAUGCACAGCUCAAACACGUCCACACCGUGGUGAACAGCGGCAUCAAGGACAAGGACUUGGCACUUAUGGGCAGUUGUUUCGCAGCGAUGCUCUCGGAGGCGACCACGAGCAAGGACAUCAAAUCCACAGCGACCGAGGUCGAGGACCUGCACAAGAAGCUGAAAGGCUUCUCAGAUCAGUCUGCGCUGAAGGCCAGCGGUUUGGAAGGAACCCUUUAA